GGAUCUGGACCCUUUUCUUUCCCAGGCAGGCACAGCGCUUGCUGCCUCCCUUUUCCCGGCCAGCCAGGUUGUUGGCGCGUUAGACCUCCCAGCCUCACGGGGCUGCUGUGCGGCUGCGACGAAGCUGGCGACUGCGGCGCUGCUGCAGCAGAGGCAAGGGCUCCAGAGGCGGCGCCACGGGCUGGUGAUUGCAUCUGGAAGUGCCCAUGACAGAGCUGGUGUCCUCCAGGGGAGGGUCCCCUACAGGGGACGGGGAGGAGGGUCUGGGGGACGAUCAAGGUCUGGUUAUUCACCACCCGGCGGAGGAACAGUCCCACCGCUGCCCGCUGUGCGGGCAGACCUUCUCCCAGCAGCCCAGCCUGGUGCGGCACCAGAAGGCGCACGUGGGAGCUGGCCGCGCAGCCGCCUUCGUGUGUCCCGAGUGCGGCAAGGCCUUCAGCGUCAAACACAACCUGGAGGUGCACCAGCGCACGCACACCGGCGAGCGGCCCUUCCCCUGCCCCGAGUGCGGCCGCUGCUUCAGCCUCAAGCAGAAUCUGCUCACGCACCAGCGCAUCCACAGCGGUGAGAAGCCGCACCAGUGCGCGCAGUGCGGUCGCUGCUUCCGAGAGCCGCGCUUCCUGCUCAACCACCAGCGCACCCACGCGCGCAUGCCCACGCCGCACCCGCGCCGUCCCGGUGUCUUCGGGGAGCGGCGGCCCUACUUCUGCAUUCGCUGCGGCAAGAGCUUCGCGCGUGAGGGCUCGCUCAAGACCCACCAGCGCAGCCAUGGCCAUGGGCCAGAGAGCCAAGGGGCCCAUUUGAGCCAUGUGCUAUGACCUGUGGGAGACCUGCCGCCGCCAGCUGCCUCCAAUCCAGAAGCCACAUCCAAGGGUGCUGAGUUGCAGUCCCCUGUCUGGAUGGGCUCCUGGGAGGGGGCGGGGCCAGCUUAGGAUGUUGAAAGUCCUCGGGGGCACCCCUACUCCUUUUCUUCCUGCCCUUGGACCCCUUGGCUGGCUGCAUGUAUCUGCUUUGGGCACCUGCAGUAGUUUGCCUCCUCCGGCUGCCUAGAGCAGCGCGUCAGACUUAAAAGCAACUUGGAGAAGGCCACUUGCCAUGGUUCCCAGACUUGCUCAGUCCCCAAAGCCUCAGCCUCCUGCACUCACUGCCUGGUGGCCUUGAGAAGCCAUUUCGCUCCACGUCUCAGUUUGCUUAUCUAUACAAAGCAGACAGGACCUCAUGGCCCAGGACCUGCAGGGCGCAUCUGGGCAUGGAAACUAAAAAUGGAGUCUCAUAGGCCCUGGGUUCCUGGCCUGGGAACCUGUCUCCUCAGAAGACCUACCUCUGGAGGUGCCCCAUGAUGGUAGAGCAGGAGACUGGAGGCUGAUUCCAUGCCUUGGUGGGAAAACUCCCCAGAUCUGACUUGAGUCCCAGCUGGGCAAGCCUCGUCUGGCUUCCUGGUCCUAGACCUCAACUCAGGUGUGGAGGCAGAUAGCACCUGUGUGGAGAGGUGGCUUCUCUCCUCCAGCCUGGCUCACCACUUGGUUGGAGGGCAAGGAAAAGGAGGCAAGGACUGUUGUGUACCAUUGCAGCGGGAUGGUGGCGGACUUGGCUUAAGAGGCAAAACCUCCCUCAAGAUGGGAACAGCAGUGAAGGCUUCCAUGCCCUUUCCGGGCUAGAAAGGUUAACACUUCAGGGGCUUGUGACUCUUUAAAAGCGGAUGGAGGCUGCUUGUCCUAGAACUCACAUACUCAUGGAACUCUCAGAGUGCCAAGCAGUUUCGGGAGCCUCUGGACUCCAGCCUAAAGACCUCAGCUCUUGGGGGUUCCACCUCCCAUCCUUUCCUUACUCCACACAAGUGUGAUGCUCUCCUCCUGGUCUCCUCUUGUUUGGGAAUAAAGAAUUCUGAGGCUGAGUUCCUUUUAGUCCAUCCAGUUUCUUCUCUGCAAUCUGACAGUACCCUGGAUUUCUGGAGCCAGACUUCCCUCCCCAAACACUGCCCAAGACUGGCUCCUGGGCUUGGUUCCUUUCCCCGUUUUGUGUCUGACAGGCUGUAGGGAUUUACAGUGGAGCCCUCUGCUCAGCUUUGGCUCUGACUGCACUGUGGAGUCUCAAGGGAAGGUUGGCCUGCUGAAGGGUUGGUAAAUCAUUUUCUCUGUGUCUAUUCCACGGAGAAGGAAUCAUGCUUCCACUAGCCAUAUGCAACCAAUCAGGCCUCCUAGCUGGGCAGGCUUGCAGCUCCAGGCAGGUAUCACCUGGGAAGGUGAGGGUAGAGAGGCACCAGAACCCUACACAUGGUGCCCAUGGGUCUAAGCAGUGGGAGAAGCCAGUGGAGGAGUUGUGUGCAUCCCCUAAGUAAGCAAGGGGACAACUAGGAAAUGAGGCUCUUGGGCCAUUGCUGGUCAAGGACUCAUAUCCUCACACACGAGCAGGUCAGUCGAGACCCCACAACUGUCUCUCUUCCUCCCUAGAAUGAGCCAUUCAUUAGGAAAGGGGGAGGGGCUUCCUUUUCUAUCAGGAUUUGGUAGAAACCUCUGGAUUCCUGACUUGGGGGUCUUAUUGCCUGUAUUCCCCAUGCAGUUUGGGUUCUAGGUUCUUACUGAACCCCUAUGCCUUAUUCUGGGGUCACUGAGUACUCAAAGAGAUAUCAGAGAAGGGGGAGGCACUACCCAUACCUUGGGACCUUCCGUGUAUCUCUUUUCCUUGGCUAACUUAGGGGAACCCUCACCAUGCCCCUCAGCUAACUGCCUAGCUUGUCUCUUCCUCGCUGUAGCUGUGCCAUGCCUUCCCCUAUACUGUUCUAAAAUGUUCUUCCCCCAGCUCUAAAACCCACUUACUCACCAGGGCCCAGCCUCCCAGCCCACGCAGCCCACGCUCCUUCUUAACAGUCCUCGUGUUAACACAUGGUGUCUCCCCGAGUAUUAUGUGCUGUAUAGUCUUGUGCUUGUUUCUUCUGUGUUUGUGUAUGUAUACGUGUUGUGUGUGCACAUGUGCACCUUGAGUCCCCAACUAGACUGUGAGCUCCCUGAGGGCAAGGGGCGGUCAUCUCUCUCUCAACCUCUAGUGGGUCUAGCCCAAGGCCUCUCAGGAAGAUACCUAUCAACUGGAUGAUGAAACACAUGCUGGAGGUCAUCUGAGGUGGAGGUUUGUGUGCAAGGGGAGAGUCUACACGGGUUAGCUAGAGGUGUAUGGUAUUGGGUGGUGGCCUGACUCCUUGGAUCAAUAAUGGAUGCUCAAGGUCUCAGGUCCUUGCAACUUGGAGGGACACCCCACCCCCCCAUACUGCACACAUAGACUGUGGCUAUACAGGAGUGCACAUGAAUUGUUGGAUAUUCCCAAAGGUUCCUGACUUCUGUUGGAGGAGGUGACUCAAAUAAAUGUUCUCUA